AAACCAUGCAAAGCUGGAAGGUCUGUCUGCCACGAGCUGAGCCACAGAGGGAAGAUGCUGGAAGAAUUUUCUCCUUCCUUUCAGACUUCUUUAGGAUCUAGGGUUUUUUUUUCUCCUUUGUUAAAGAAAAAUGCCUUCCUUGAGCGGAAAAGUGCAGACUGUCUUGGGCCCUCUGGAGCCAGACUGUCUUGGCUACACCUUGACUCAUGAACACUUGAGUAUGAACUACAGCAGCUGCUUUUGUCCACCUUCUCCAGGCCAAGAGCCUUUGUCUAAUGGGCCCAUUGAGAUGAAGAACUUGUUUUGGAUUAAGCAAAAUCCGUACAGCCAUAAAGAAAACCUUCUUUUGUAUCAGGAAACAGAUGCUGUGAGGGAGGAGCUGCUGCAUUUUAAAGCAGCGGGUGGUGGGACGAUUGUGGAAAACACAACUACAGGAAUUGGCCGGGAUGUGAAAACUUUGAAGAAACUAGCUGAAGAAACUGGAGUUCAUAUUAUUGCUGGUGCUGGGUUUUAUGUGGAUUCCACUCACUCUUCUCAAACACAGGCUAUGACAGUGGAGCAGCUGACAGAGAUUAUUGUUGAUGAGGUACUCAAAGGAGCAGAUGGGACUAAUAUCAAGUGUGGUGUGGUGGGAGAAAUAGGUUGCUCCUGGCCUUUGACUCCGAGUGAGCACAGAGUGCUUCAGGCAACAGCACAGGCUCAGGCACAGCUUGGGUGCCCUGUUAUCAUCCAUCCUGGCAGGAACAGCGAGUCCCCUUUCCAGAUUCUGCGCAUUCUGCAGGAAGCUGGGGCUGAUGCUUCAAAGACAGUCAUGUCUCACCUCGACAGGACCAUAUUUGAUAAAAAGAAACUUCUUGAAUUUGCUAAACUUGGAUGUUACUUAGAGUAUGACCUAUUUGGUACAGAAUUCCUUCAUUACCAGUUCCAUCCAGAUAUUGACAUGCCGAACGACAACGGAAGAAUUGCAAGGAUUCGUAUGCUGAUUGAUGAAGGCUAUGAAGACAGAAUUCUGAUGGCUCAUGAUGUGCACACCAAGAACAGAUUGAUGAAAUAUGGAGGUCAUGGAUAUUCACAUAUCUUGAAAUAUAUAGUUCCUAAAAUGCUAAUUAGAGGCAUAUCCCAAGAUAAAAUUGAUAAAAUACUCCUAGCAAACCCAAAGCGGUGGUUGACUUUUAAGUAGGAAUAAUGAAUAAAUAUACUUGCAACCUAAGACAAUGAUUUAUAAGGAAUCUUGAUAAAAUCCAGAUUUUGGUAGACCAGUCAUUUAAAAAAAAUUCCAAAAAACUGAAAAUUAAUAAGUAGAUGCAAAUAAACUUUUUACUUAGAACAUCAAAAUUGUGUACUAUCUCUACAUUUUCUCCCUUCUGAAAAUUUGCUGAUGAUUUACUGAAUAUGAGCCUACCUACAGAAUCUUUUCAACUGAAAUUUUAAUAUCAUUGUUUCAAAAUCAUAAUCUAAUACUGUUACUGAGUGUUACCUCCAAACUGCUUUUGAAGAUGUGUCACCUGGACUUGGAAGGAAAUUAUGGUUUUCAGUUAAAUUUCCUGUCUCCAGUGGCUGAUUUUAAUCCUUGUAAUACUGUACGUCUUCUCAUUAUCCUCAUAUUCUUUAAGUAAUAAUUGAUAAAAGGCCUGGAAGUUUUAAUUAGCUUCCAUAGACAAGAAAAGGCAAGAGGAAUCUCAAAUAAAUCUUAAAAAGAUAAUGUUUCUUUCUAGUUUAACAAUUUACUUA